CGGUGUUAAUGCUGCCCACGAGAAAGCUCAGUGCAAUGCUGCGAAGGUGGACAGCAGACAGUACCUUGAAAUGUCGACCAAAGCCCUUUCAAAUCGGGAGCAGGAGACUUUGCUUAAGCAGACCAAGGCGGACGCCCUCAAGAAAUGCGAUGAAUUUGUGAAGGCAUUUGCAGAUUGCUCGAGGGGAAGAACGAUCAGCGUCGCCUGGGCAUGUAGAGGCGAUCACAAGGCAAUGCAAGGGUGUUUGAGGCAGUAUACAUCCGAAGAGGCGAUGGACAAGGUGCGGCGAGACUAUCUCCAACACACACGGGGCCAGGGUGCGUCGCCAUAAGUCUGCAUCCCUUUCUGCAUCAUUCGGCUCCGGUACACGCGUCGCUGCCCAGGAUAUACUCAACAGCGUCAUGUGUCUAGGGAAACCCACAGCCUUCUCACUAGCACUGUAUCCUACCUCCCCUUAGAUCGUGUGUAUGCUCCAUAUAUUGCCGG